AAACCUCCCUGUCCUGUUAGGGCAGAAGAACAGGCUUGUUGUUUUUGUAGUUCGAACCAACAAACUGAAAUCAUGACACCAACACGCUGUCUACCUCUGCUCCAGAGCCACAGGGGUUUGUGGAGAACUUUCUUCCUCCCAGGUGUUCAGCCACACAGGAGCUUGACGGAUAAGAGCGACGGCGGUUGGUUGAGCUCUGUGUUUGGACACAAAGUGGACGUGAGGAAAGAUGCCCACUCCAAUCUGCUGUCCAAGAAAGCGACCAGUGGCCUUUACAAAAUCCAGUUUCACAACGUCAAGCCAGAGUGCUUGGAAGAAUACAACGAGCUAUCAACGGAGGUUCAAAGAGAGCUUCACAAUGAUCCAGAUUAUCCCUGUGAAGUUGUGGGAAGCUGGAACACAUGGUAUGGAGAACAGGACCAAGCAGUGCAUCUCUGGAGAUACCUUGGUGGAUAUCCAGCUCUGAUGGAAUGCUUCAACAAACUCAAACACAACAAGACGUAUCUCGAGUUUCGCAAAAAGAGGAGUAAAAUGCUGAUCUCUCGGCAGAACCAGCUUCUUCUCGAGUUCAGCUUCUGGAACGAUCCUUUACCCCGACCUGGUCCGAAUAUAUACGAACUGAGAACAUACAGAUUAAAGCCUGGCACGAUGAUUGAAUGGGGAAAUCACUGGGCUCGAGCAAUCAAAUACCGCCAAGAGAACAAUGAAGCAGUGGGAGGAUUUUUCACUCAGAUUGGAGAGUUGUAUAUCGUUCACCAUCUCUGGGCCUAUAAAGACCUGCAGUCCAGAGAGGAGACGCGGAACUCAGCAUGGAUGAAAGAGGGCUGGGAUGUCAGUGUGUAUUACACAGUGCCUUUAAUCCAGAGUAUGGAGUCAAGGAUCUUGAUCCCUACAAACAGCUCACCUCUGCAGUGACCCGCAAGCUUGCAGUGUGUCUCGAUGACGAUCCCAUUGAUUCUCAUCUCCUCUGAACUGCAAUAUACCCACAGCUGACCGCUUCAUCGUUUACGCUCUCAUUUCCCUGUUGUAAAAUAUUGAAUGGAAUGAAUUUUGUGAGAAUUCACAGUUUUUUCUUUUUUUUUUUUUUUUUUUUUAUCAUUGAUAUCAAUGUUUACUUUGUAUUAUUAUUAGUACACCUGGAACCAGACUACAGUAUUGGAAAUUUCUGCCUCAGUCGAAUGUACUGCCUUAUGUUUGCAUUAGAUACCUGCGCACAUCUAUUUGUGCGCUGCAGGAGCGCAUGCAGUCAACAAUAAAAAUGUUGAUUGAA